GGACCUCCAACGUGCGCUGUUUGCUCCAAGCUUGCUGAAGUUGUUGACCUUUCAGAUGAUCCUGCGAGCUACAAUUUGGACCUCCUGCGUAUCUCUAAUCCAUUUAUUAUUUGACAUUGCAUUGUUGAGAGUAUGUCGGCAAGCUUUUCAUUCCACAACGACGCGAUCGAUGGUCUGGUGUUGGACAAGACUGGAGUCCAGUUUAUUUUCAGGGGGAUUCAACUUAUAUCUAUCGAGGCGAGCCAAGGCAGCAUCAGUGUCGAAAGGCGGAAGAUUGGAACCUGAAACGAGCUUGUGUAGAAGAUUCAUGCGGUCAAUUACAGUCCACACUUCAAGUAACGUGAUAUUUUACUGAUGCGGCUUGAGAUAGCCAUAUCAACGAUCCACGGUUAUGAUGACUUUGCCAGAGGCAUAGAGCUGUACGCAAAACAGUUGUAUUGAUAUUAUAAUUCACCAUAGCUCUCAGUUGUGCCAGACGACUCGACUCGAGCAGA